AUUUAAAUGCAAAACACUUUUGGCAAAUAACAAUCUGAUUAGUAAUUAAGAAUCGCUUUCGCGCACGGAAAGAUCCUAUCAAUAUCUGCCGAGUUCGCGUACACUACGAGAGAUUCUUGAAAAUACGUCUAACAAAUUAAAAAAAAAAAGUUGAUUUACCGCGCUCAUUUCAUCAUGAGGUAGAGAUGAAAGGCAGAGCACGUGAUGCACAUGAAGUAGCGCGAAGUAUAUGCGGCACCGCGCGGGAACUGGUAUCUAAUCGAAGGACAGCUUUAUCCGACUUUACGCGGAUUUGUUUGACCAAUCGGUGGCUAACGAGCGGCAUAGUUCUCAGAGCCGCGUCCUCGAGCGGGCUGCAGAUGCGAAGAGUGCGUGGGAGUCUUCGUCUACCGUUGGUCUAGAAUUCGCGACAGUGGCGAAUCUCGAUGUACGAAAUUAUUCCGAGCGGCGCUUCCGGAUGGGUCGUUAUCUUUGCCGCGGGGCAAAGGGAACUUUUAGUCAUUAAUCGUAUCUUUGCAGAUUCCGUUAGAUCGCCUCACGAAAUAUUCCGAAGAAGAAACCUACGCGUAUAAAUUAGAAUUCGCGAGUAAUUGUUGCGCGUGAAGUGUUGACACCUACUGUGUACCGAUCCACCGAUACAUCCAGUUUGUUAUAAAAUCUCAUGGAAAUAUCACGAAGCGGUGAACAAAAGCGUGAAAAAGGAUCGCGAUCUCGUUUAGAGUAUCGCAAGAGAGUGCUACCUUACCUCGAUAUCUUAUCGUGAAGUAUAUUGGCGGGUGAAGAUAGGAUAAAGAUAUUGCUCCCCUGCGAGAGCGAUUCGCCGCGGGAUCCUGGGUCUCGAUACUUCAUCGGCGAAAAGGUCCGGGGCAGUUUUUCGCGCGCAGCGAUUAACGACUAUACAUUCCGCCGUCGAAAAUUUUUCAAGAUUGAUCCUCGCUUCCUUGCAUCUCGCGUUUCUGCAUCUGUGCGGCAUAAUGGUUACAACGGAAAAGAUAGAAGACGACACCUAUAGGCAAGGUGGAUAUACCAACGAGGCCUUCCAUAUGGACGGUUUCGACUCUCACGAGAAUAUUCCACCCGAUUACGCAACAGCGACGCGUCCCGAUAAACGGCAGGAGCCUCCUGAAAGUUUAGCGGUCGCAAAGGGGGCGGAAUGGGGAGGUAGACUGGAGUUUCUGAUGGCCUGCAUAGCCACUUCCGUCGGACUAGGAAAUGUGUGGAGGUUUCCGUUCACCGCGUACGAGAACGGCGGCGGCGCCUUCCUGAUACCCUAUAUCGUUGUUUUGAUCCUGGUUGGAAAGCCCUUUUAUCUCUUAGAGGGUCUCUUGGGACAAUUCACCAGCAAUUCUUGCGCAAAAACAUUUAACAUGACGCCGGCCAUGAAAGGACUGGGAUACUCGCAGGCUUUCGCCGCGUUCUGCGUCGUUUCGUACUACUGUGCCUUGAUGGCAUUGACCCUGUACUAUUUGGUGUCGAGUUUUCAGUCCGAAUUACCGUGGUCGUUCUGUCGUCCGGAAUGGAAAGAUUACUGCAUCGACAUCUCGACGAACAAAAGUAUCUCCGAGUAUCGAAGUAACGUCACCGUUCGAAGUUCCGCGGAGCUGUACUUCAGGAAGAUAGUAUUACAGGAGUAUGAGUCCAUCGAGGACGGUAUCGGCGCGCCAUCCUGGCAAUUGUCGAUAUGUCUGUUUAUCAGUUGGGCGUUCAUCUUUGGCGUGCUUUUCCGCGGCGUGAAGAGCACGGGCAAAGCCGCCUACUUUCUCGCGAUAUUCCCUUACAUCGUGAUGACGGCCCUGCUGGUCAGAGCCGUUACUCUUGAGGGUGCCAUCGAUGGCAUCCUCUUCUUCGUGACGCCAAAAUGGGACGCCCUGUGGAAGCCCACUGUCUGGUACGCCGCUAUCACGCAAUGUUUCUUCUCGUUGUCAGUCUGCUUCGGCCCGAUCAUCAACUAUUCGUCCUACAACAAUUUUGAACACAGAGUGGACAGGGAUGUGAUGAUAGUGACCACGCUGGACACAUUCACCAGUCUGAUGGCCGGUUGCACGAUCUUCGGCAUUCUCGGCAAUCUGGCCCAUGAGAUGAAAACAAAGGAUAUCGACAAAGUGGUCCGCGGUGGCACCGGCUUGGCCUUCAUCUCCUAUCCGGACGCGUUGUCACGCUUCACUUUCGUGCCGCAACUGUUCUCCGUCCUUUUCUUCGUCAUGCUAUUCGUUCUUGGCAUUGGAAGCGCCGUCGCAUUGUGCGGCGCGACGUUUAGCAUCUUCCGCGAUCAUCUGCCUAACGUGAGGCAGUGGUUGCUGGUACUCUGCGUCACCUGUUUUGGUUUCGUCGUCAGCCUCGUCUAUAUCACCCCGGGUGGUCAAUGGUUCAUAAUGUUGAUCGAUUACUACGGCGGUACUUUCGUGGCGAUAAUCGUCGGCGUUCUCGAGUUAGUGACUGUCUUCUGGAUAUAUGGCCUCUCGAAUUUUCUCAACGACAUGGAAUUCAUGCUGGGCAAGAGGCUAAGCUUUUACUGGCGAUUUUGUUGGUUCAUAAUCACGCCCGUGCUCAUGAUCGUCAUACUGAUUUACACGUGCGCCACUUACGAGCCGCCCACAUACGAUGGCGCACGGUUUCCCGACUACGCCUAUGGAAUAGGAUGGUUUGUGCUGGUUUUAGGCAUAUCUCCUAUUGUGUGGUGGAUCGGACAUAAAAUAAUUACUCAUAGAAUGUCAUCUUUCACCGAGUCUGUCAAGGCGGCUUUUCGGCCCGCGGGAGGUAAAUGGGGGCCUAAAAGUCCGAAGAUACACAGGGAAUGGGAAGUGUUUGUGACGGAGAAGAAAUUUGGAGCUCAAGGCGGUCUGAUGAAAAUGUUUUUUAAAUAGAAACUCAGCUUUAUUUAUUACUUCCUUGUCCAUCUAAGUCAAUUAUCCGAUUCUAUUCAACUUCUAUUAAUUAGCUAAAUGUAGUAGAAAAAAUAAAAAUUAUUUUACGCAAUUAUAUUCUAUAAGAAUGUAUCUUUAAUCGAUUUUUAAAAAGUAAGAUAUUUUUAAUAAAAAGUAAGUAUCUUAGUACACCAAA